UUGCCCUAAAAGCAAAUCAAUCACAGUAAUACAAAGGAAAAUUCAUUCAAUCCGCCAUUAAUUAAGGAAUAGACAUGGCCGAGGUCGUACUACAGUCUUAAGGUAUAUAUUUGUUUUUGUGUAUUUUCCUCUAUCAUUGUUAGGAGCCACCAUAUUCUCCAUUCCAAGGUUCUCUGCAAAAAGAGUGCAGGAUGUGGAUUCAUCGUCAUCAUCAACUCCCAUAUCUACUCUUCUUCGUAUUCGCAGUGCUAUUUAGUUCCUCUCUCGGCGAUGUGGGCACCGCUUCUCUCUACAACCCUCCGUAUUUACCGACGGCCUGUUAUAACAAUGAUGUGAGCCAGUUUCCGGCAAACAAUUUAUUUGCGUCGGCCGGUGAGGGGAUUUGGGACAACGGGGCGUCUUGUGGGAGACAGUAUCUCGUCAGAUGCCUAAGCGCGACGGUACCGGGAACUUGUGUUCAAGGGAAGAUAAUUCAGGUAAAGAUUGUUGAUCGAGCGGCUUCUUCUGUCUCUCGCCCCUCAAGAGCUGGCACCACUAUGGUUCUCUCUGCCACAGCUUUUGGCGAGAUUGCGAAUGUAUCGGCUAAUGUCAUCAACAUAGAAUUCCAACAGGUGUAAUUUUGGACUACUAGCUAGCUACAGCAACGGAGGCCGGAGGGAGAGAAAGUGAACAAAGUAGCCAGAGACUUCGGAGCAAAUUCUUGUUGAUGAAGCUGAUGGAGAAGAAGAAGUAGAAGGGAAUCUGAAUUGUGAAAUCUGCUUUCUAGAAAGCUUUUGUUAAGAAGUCUCAAUUAAUUAUUAAUAAAACGUAAUUUCAUGUACACUACAUCACUU